AUGUAUGAUUUCCCUUUCCCUUCCCUUUCUCCAUCUUCCUAUCCCAUUAUUGUACUGUCCCCAUCGACAGUGCCAAAACCUUCUCCAUCACCAGCGCCACCACCCUCCCCAUCGCCAGCGCCAGCACCCUCCCCAUCGCCAGCGCCAGAACCCUCCUCAUCGCCAGCACCAGCACCUUCUCCACCUCCUCCCACUUCAACUCCUAAUGCACCCUCCGCCACUCCCUCCAAAGGAGGAGCAGCUUUUUCAGCAAAGCCAUGGCUGGCAUUGCUGCUGCUGGCACUGUUUCAGUUUAGGUUCAACUCAUAG